GCGCGGCGCGGAGGCACGGGCGAAGAUGGCGGCUGGCGUUCCUCAGCGGGCCUGGACCGUGGAGCAGCUGCGCAGCGAGCAGCUGCCCAAGAAGGACAUCAUCAAGUUCCUGCAGGACCACGGCUCGAACUCGUUUCUUGCAGAACAUAAACUAUUAGGAAAUAUCAAAAAUGUGGCUAAAACAGCAAACAAGGAUCAUCUAGUUACAGCCUAUAACCAUCUUUUUGAAACUAAGCGUUUCAAAGGCACCGAAAGCAUAAAUAAAGUCUGUGAGCAGGUGAAAAAUGUGAAGGUUACUGAUGACAAACCCAAAGAAAACAAGUCUGAAGAGACUCUGGAAGAGGGUCCACCAAAAUAUACAAAAUCUGUUCUUAAAAAGGGAGACAAAACCAACUUUCCCAAGAAGGGUGAUGUUGUUCAUUGUUGGUAUACAGGAACACUACAGGAUGGGACUGUUUUUGAUACUAAUAUCCAAACAAGUGCCAAGAAGAAGAAAAAUGCCAAGCCUUUAAGUUUUAAGGUUGGAGUUGGCAAAGUUAUCAGAGGAUGGGAUGAAGCACUUUUGACUAUGAGUAAGGGAGAAAAGGCUCGACUAGAGAUUGAACCAGAAUGGGCUUAUGGAAAGAAAGGACAGCCUGAUGCCAAAAUUCCACCAAAUGCAAAACUUAUUUUUGAAGUAGAAUUAGUGGAUAUUGAUUGAAUUGGCAGCACUUCAAGUCUAAGGACAACAGCAACAAUAUUACCUGCCCUUGACAAAUCUUAAUGUAACUAGAGCUGAUGACCAUUAUGUUUAAGGGAGGAGUCAACUGGUAAGAAGUUAAAAACCUGUCUACUUGAUCCCUGACUUUUGAGAAAUGUAAUCCCGUAUCCUUGAAAUCUAAAGUAUUUUACUACAACUCUGUAAACUAUUGGUUAAAGAGAAUUCAUUUCCCUUUUACCUUUGUGUUGUAAACUACAAGGCUCAAUACAAACGUAUCCACUA